AAGAAGGCGGUUAGUCGGUACCGGGUUAUUUUCAUCAAGCUCGGUGUUUCUGGUCUGGAUCACAUUCUCUGUGGAAUUCUUGUGUGCAUUCCCUUCUCAGCGCGAAGUUCCGAUCAUGGGACACGGGCACGGCGAAAAAGGCCGACCCUUAAAAAAGUUCAAGGCCGCCGCUAAAUUGGACGAUCCCCGAAAAGGAUUCGUCGACGACGACGAUGUAUAUAUGGGCGAUGAUGGUUAUGACGACGACGGUGAGAAAGACAAGACUAAAGAUUUUAGCAAGUUAGAGCUUAAAAAAGAUCACGUGAAUCGGCCCCUUUGGGCUUGCGGCAACGGUCGGAUAUUCCUCGAGACCUUCUCUCCCUUGUACAAACAAGCUUAUGAUUUCCUUAUUGCCAUAGCGGAACCCGUUUGUAGGCCGGAGUCAAUGCACGAGUACAACCUCACUCCACAUUCACUGUAUGCUGCGGUCUCAGUUGGUCUGGAGACAGAAACGAUCAUAUCAGUUUUGAACAAGUUAUCCAAGACGAUGCUUCCUAAAGAGAUGAUAAAGUUCAUUCAGGAUUCAACCGCAAAUUAUGGCAAAGUAAAGCUUGUACUUAAGAAAAAUCGAUACUUCAUUGAAUCACCAUUUCCAGAGGUGUUGAAGACACUGCUUAGAGAUGAAGUUAUAUCUCGAUCAAGGAUCGCUUCUGAGGGUGCAACUGGUGAUGGAUUUACGAUUAGCAAAACAGCAGGUGAAAUUGAAGGAACUCAUGAUGAGUUGCUGAAUGAAGCAGAAGUAGCCGCAGCUGCAGAAGAGAAAGAAACUCAUUCAUUUGAAAUCGAUCCUUCUCAGGUUGAAAAUGUAAAGCAACGAUGCUUGCCAAAUGCAUUGAAUUAUCCCAUGUUGGAGGAGUAUGACUUUAGAAAUGAUACAGUCAACCCUGAUCUGGAUAUGGAGCUAAAGCCUCAAGCACAACCACGGCCAUAUCAAGAGAAGAGCCUGAGUAAAAUGUUUGGAAAUGGAAGAGCAAGAUCUGGUAUCAUAGUUCUACCUUGUGGUGCGGGUAAGUCUCUUGUUGGUGUUUCUGCAGCCUGCCGUAUAAAAAAGAGCUGUCUUUGUUUGGCAACAAAUGCCGUAUCUGUGGACCAGUGGGCGUUUCAGUUUAAGCUAUGGUCGACCAUCCGAGAUGAAAAUAUCUGUCGUUUCACAUCUGAUAGCAAGGAGAGGUUCCGUGGUAAUGCUGGAGUGGUUGUGACCACAUAUAAUAUGGUUGCUUUUGGUGGCAAACGGUCAGAAGAAUCUGAGAAGAUCAUUGAAGAAAUUAGAAACAGAGAAUGGGGAUUGCUUCUCAUGGAUGAGGUGCAUGUGGUCCCUGCACACAUGUUUCGGAAGGUCAUUAGCCUCACUAAAUCCCACUGCAAACUUGGGCUCACAGCCACACUUGUGAGAGAGGAUGAAAGAAUUACAGAUCUGAAUUUUCUCAUUGGUCCCAAGUUGUAUGAAGCAAAUUGGUUGGAUCUCGUGAAAGGUGGGUUUAUUGCAAAUGUACAGUGUGCUGAAGUAUGGUGUCCAAUGACAAAAGAAUUUUUUGCGGAGUAUUUGAAGAAGGAGAAUUCCAAGAAGAGGCAGGCGCUCUAUGUGAUGAAUCCAAAUAAGUUCAGAGCAUGCGAGUUUCUCAUAAAGUACCAUGAAACACAGCGUGGUGAUAAAAUUAUAGUCUUUGCUGAUAAUCUUUUUGCUCUAACUGAGUAUGCCAUGAAACUUCGCAAACCAAUGAUAUAUGGUGCUACAAGCCAUGUUGAGAGGACAAAAAUUCUACAAGCAUUCAAAACUAGCAAAGAUGUCAAUACUAUAUUCCUUUCCAAGGUGGGUGAUAACUCAAUAGACAUUCCAGAAGCAAAUGUGAUAAUUCAGAUCUCUUCACAUGCUGGUUCAAGGCGUCAAGAAGCCCAACGUCUAGGCCGUAUUCUUAGGGCAAAGGGUAAGCUUCAGGAUAGGAUGGCAGGUGGCAAGGAGGAGUAUAAUGCAUUCUUUUAUUCUCUCGUGUCGACAGAUACCCAGGAGAUGUACUACUCAACCAAGAGGCAGCAAUUUUUAAUUGAUCAGGGUUAUAGCUUUAAGGUAAUUACAAGCUUGCCUCCAGCUGGAGAAGAAGCUUCAUUGAAUUAUUAUCAUCUUGAGGAUCAAUUGGCCCUCCUUGGAAAGGUCUUGAGUGCUGGUGACGAUGCUGUUGGUCUAGAGCAACUAGAAGAAGAUGCAGAUGAAAUAGCUCUCAACAAUGCCCGGCGUUCGACAGGAUCCAUGAGUGCCAUGUCAGGUGCAAAGGGAAUGGUUUACAUGGAGUACAGUACUGGGCGUAACAAAGGUCAAGCGCAGAUCAAGAGCAAGCCAAAAGAUCCAUCUAAGCGACACAUUUUAUUUAAAAGACGCUAUGGCGCACAUUAGGUGUACUCACCAGAGCUGGGCACUGUUUAUCCAACUAAAUCAGUUGCUGUCUAUGAGACAUAAGGUCUAUGGCCCGCAGAUUGUAGAGACAUUUUGCUUUAUGUAAAAUCAGAAAAUCAGUUUUCCUUCUGAGAUUCAUGCUAGUCAGCUUCAACUGCUUGCAGCUCCUCAUAGCAUACUGUGUUACAGCGCGAAGGGAAAACUGUCAACCACACUUGCGAAGCUCUUUGCGGAGAGUCGAUCUCGGAUGAUAAUAUUCCAAGCACAACUAUUGUCUACAGAGCUUAUAGGUAGUAUUCAUGAACAUUUGUAAGGCUCAAGUUUUCAUGAGCAUAAGGAGAGUAAAGGUGCUUUGGAUGCCCUAAAUGACUACUUGAAAAUAAUAGAAACGACGGGUCUUUUAACUUCGUAGAAGAUAUAGGAAGACUCAUAAUGUGCAAUUGAGAGUUUUACUUAUGGGCAUGUUUCUAGUUGUGCUAUUUGUUAAUUGCUCGUUAUAUUCAAUGUAUAAAAAAUUCUAUACUUGUCAGAGCCUCUUUAAGAUUAUCACAUUUUACUUUGUCAUGAUUUAUAUCACGGACACAAUCUCCCGGA